CAUCGCUUAGAUACUGUGCUAUAGCAAUGGACUGAACACGGUUUUUGUGUACUUUGUGCUCAAUUUCAUUUUUCAUGUUUGAUUUUUGAAGUUUUUUUGGGGUUUGGGUGUACGAUGGCGAAUUUACUGAAAAGGACGUUCAGUGCUAUAGGCCGCGAGAGCAGGGAGUCGAGCUCCAGCAGCAGACCGGCGAGCAGCAGUGAUGCUGCUCCUCAACCCGAAGAAGCCGAGGGUAACAUGAACCGGGAGAACGUCUCGAACAAGAUCGCCGCCGGCAUGGACCGGUGGCAGAACACGCUCGAGGACAUGAUCAACCUGAGGUCUUCCAACAACACCGUCUUCAAGGACUACUAUUGGGCUCAAAACGGUUUCGACGAGCUCCGACGCUACGUAAAGCAGGGAAGCGACUUCAGCAAAGAACUAUCAUCCAUAUUACAAGAGAGAAUUGAAGCAGAAAUAUACUACGCGAAAUGCCUGGCCAAACUGGGGACCAAGCUGACGAAGGCGUGCAAGGAGAGCGUCGGCUCGUGCGCCGAGGCAUGGAAGCACGUGGCGCUCGAGAUGGAGAAACGGUCGGAAAUUCACAGAAAUUACUCAAGUGCUUUAUCCGACGAGCUAGUGAAACCAAUGAAACAUGUAAUCGACAAUCAAUUGAAACUUAGGAAGAAGAUCGAGGGUAACGUUGACAAGACUACGCGAUCUCUCGGAGAAUGGAGAACUGCGGAGGCAAAGUCUAAGAAGCAUUCGCACGCGGCGGCGCGGGAGAACGAAAAGUUACAGGACGCCUCGUUGGAGAUGAGCCGCCUGUCGCGUAGUUCGAGCGUCGGCCACAUACCACAUGCGCACUCCAUCCUGAGCGCGGCGCGGGCAGAGCGGCUGCCAAACGCGACGAGCGAGAAGGACGCAGCUAAGCUUCAGGUCAAGAAAAGGAAGACGGAAGAUGCUGUGAAAAAAACUGAAGUUGAAUAUUAUAAUGUGUGCGUGCACGCAGAACGGGCUAGGUUGGAAUGGGAGUCAAGUGUUGUAAAGGGAGCUGGCAUGCUGGAGUCUCUUGAAGAAGAGAGACUAGCUCAGCUGAAGACGGCUGCCGACUGCUACCUCAGGCUGACAUCCGCCGUGCCUGCACAAUUAGCGGAGGCCACGAAUAUUUUGGUGAAUCCGAUAAAGAACGCGAACGCGAACACUGAUAUGAGAGUGGUUCGAGGAGUCCGGUCGGCACAGACCGGAGCCAGCGAGCAACUGCUGCCAGACUUCUACUGCGAACAUACCACGCUUGCUAUGAACAGGGAAAGACGUAAGCAGGCGCUGCUAAAGAUUCUGCAGCUAGUUAAACAAGAUAUCGACAGGGAAAGGAAAUCCAAGCAAGGGCUUGAGAAACUGUCGAUGGCCAUCAAGCAGACACCUACUUUCGGAAAUGACGAUUCUCAACAAAACGUAGCUGACAAACUGUACCAUAUGAGAAGUAUGCUGACAUACUUAGAAGCUGUGAGGUAUAAAAUAACUGCUAGUCUUAACGAGCUGGACAACAGGCCGCCCGUGCAGCAUCCUCUAGCAGCACACAUACAGAUCAUACGAGACAAACAAGGACUGCAACAGAGCAUUCUGAAAGUACCGCCAUGGCUUCAAGCUGACUACCAAAAUGAGGUGAACAAAAACCUGACACCAAAUUACACGGCGUUGACCAAGAGUGUGAACGGUGGAGAGGAGAGAGAGCGGAGAGACUCCAUCAUGAGCAGAGCCUCCAGCAAAUUGAGGAUAGAACACCUUUCGUUUAGAAGAAAUACUGACAACAAGAGUGCACCAGUCACACCUGUCGUCGACAUCCCUACGCCCCCGCUGCAGAAACAGACUGUGGAGACACCAAACCCGCCUGAAAGCCCACUGGAUUGGAGCGAGCGUGGCGCUGGUGAUGGACUGUCUAAUCAACAAGAUAGUGACUUUGACGAGUUUUCCUCGCAGAGCGAUAGCUCGACGGAUUUGACGGAUAUUAUGAAGAACGAGAACGGGGACACGGUGCCACCGACGCCAUCGCUGGGCAAAUGCCGAGCGCUGUACACGUACGAGGCGAGACUUAAUGAUGAACUUAAUUUGACACCAGGAGACAUAAUAAAUAUACACGAGAAACAAGACGAUGGGUGGUGGAGUGGCGACCUGAACGGCAUCUAUGGAAUUUUCCCUUCAUCCUAUGUAGAAGAAAUAACAACUUGUAUAUAACACUGAUAAUAUGUACUUAUCCCAAAAGUGAUAUAUAGGAUAUCAAAAAAUUAUAAAAUCAGUGAAUAAUAAACAGGCCAGGAAAAGUUUUCUCGUAUUUGUGACAAACUAAAAAGUAUUGUAUUUGACCAAUUUCCCGCCAUUCUAAUGAACGUCAAAUCAUACCUUUUUAUAAUCUGUGGAUUAGGAUUGUAAUAAAGUGAACUGUCUGGUGGUUGUUGAUACCGUGUUGUGCAAUUGUAUACUUAUUGAAUUAAUAUAUUAGCAUAAUUACUUCAAUUGUUAAUUAUCUCACGAGUUAUUUAUGAAAAUUGUAAGGUAUUUCGGUACCUAAUAAUAUGUGAUUACCUGUUAAUAAUUAAUUUCUUUGAAGCCUUAUUAUGUAGGUCUCUCAUGGAGAAAAUAUUUGUCUGUCCAAUUUUCAUAAUGAUAGCGACAAUAUAGUAGAUUGAAGACGAUACGAAUAAUUAAAAGUAGGUAAAAGAUUUAACGAAAUUGUAAAUACUGUUUAUAUUUUGUAAAAAAAGUCGCGCAAACCAAUUAUUAUUUUUAUUGGAUAUGUGUCUUGUAUAUAGUUUUGAUAUUGGUAGGCAAAGAGUUGAUUCUAGUGAUGAUAUCAAAAAAAUCUAUCAUUUAUCUGUGUAUUCAUAUAGGUAGGUAUUGUGGAAUUGACUGUGAGAUCAACGGCCAAAAAUAAUAACAAUCUAUCUAUCAGACCUUAACGUUUAAGGUCAGAUAGAUACAUUGUUAUUAAUUGGUAUCUCUUGAUAAGUCUCAGGUAAAAAUCAAUAUCAAAUGUCGAUGUUCUUAAAUCAUACUUUUAUAAACACAGUAAGAGAUAUAAUAUUAAAUCAUGUGACAUUAAAUGCGUGUGUGAGUGCGUAGUAGGUACAGCACG